AUGGCUUUGGACUUUCUUUAUAGAAACCUCGAACAAAUGAGUUUUUUACAUAAACCCCUAAAUUAUGGGAAGGACCUAUGCCAUUCUACAGCAAACGUUUAUGGAACAGAUGAUGUUUGUAAAUCACCAACAAUGGCAGUUGAAAAUCCAGAUUCCCAAGAUCUGUCAAGUUUAGGGCUGCAAUACAGUGACCCAGCAGCCACUAAUAAAAAGCCAAAGACAAUUUUGCCAAAGAAACCACCGCUCUCAAGCUCAGAAUUUCUAGCUAGCAACUGCACUAACAAGUUUUGCGAUGAUAAAUAUUACUACGGUAACUCUUUCCUUUGGAAUAGUAUGAUAAACAAUCUCAACUAUGAAAAAGGAUCAUGGACAGAUUCCAAUUGGCGCAACAACGAUUGGAAUUGCGUUGCUUCUGAUUUGACAACAAAUAGUGGGACAGUGAAUAGCCUGAAUGAGGAAAAAAAUUCUGAUAUUUUCCAGAGUGGCAGCAAUAGUUUUAGUUUCCUCAAUUCAGGAUCAAACUACCUAUUAUCCAAAUCAUUGUCUUCAGACGUUAACAAAAACGAAAGUACCGCUGAAACUACGCCAGAAACCAUGGUUACAAAUUCCUUUCAAAGUGUAAAUCUCACUAGUUUAAGUGGCUAUCAGUUUCCACCCUUUUCUAAGUCAUUCAAAAACGUAAAUAGUUUCAUGAACAACCACCCUCCUUUAUCCAACUCCCCUAGUUGUGAUAAAGUUGAAGAAGAAAGCUAUAAAGAAAAGGGAAAUAAACUGAAAAAAGAUCUUACCUUUGAUAAGGAUUUGGAUUUAACAACCAUAACGCACAGCAACGGCCCUCCUGUUACCAUGAAAGUUUACACUUCUUGGAGUUCCGACUCGGAAAAUACUACAUCCGUCAAAAAGUCUGAAAAAGUUCAGCUGGUUGCCAGAUCCGGCAAUUGGAUAUACGUUAGAGUCAACUCAAAUCCAAAUCGCUAUGGUUGGAUACCCGAAUUUACUCUUGUAGAGUCUGAAAUGUUAUCAAGGAAAAUGACAACCAACUAA